AUGGCCGCCUCUGCUUCCUUCCGCUUCCUCUCCCCUCCAGCACCGAACCCGCAUGAUAGGAUACACCCUUCACUCCUCGCAUGCCCGACGCGCCGGCGCAGGCUCCGGGCCACCCGCUGCUCGUCCACGCCGCAACUGCCGCCAUCGCCGCCGCUCGAGUUCCCCCUCCUCCCAUUCCAGCCCGCGGAGGUGUUGAUUCCAUCUGAAUGCAAGACCCUGCACUUAUAUGAAGCAAGGUAUCUAGCAUUGCUAGAAGAGGCUUUGUAUAAGAGGCAAAAUUCUCUUGUACACUUUGUCCUUGAUCCAGUUUUAUCAAGCUCUUCCAAGGAUUCGUUUGCUGUAAGAUAUGGUUGUUUGGUGCAGAUAGAAAGUGUUCAAAAGCUGGAUUUUGGAGCAUUAGUGUCAAUUAGAGGUGUAUGCCGUGUGAACAUCAAGAACCUUCUUCAGAUGGAGCCCUACUUGCGUGGUGAUGUUUCUCCUAUGAUGGACAAGUCUCGCGAUGGCACCGGAUUGGGCCUGAGAAUUUCCAGACUAAGAGAAUCCAUGUGCAAUUUGCACAGCCUACAAAUGAAGCUGAAGGUGCCUGAGGAUGAACCACUGCAAACAAACAUCAAGAGCUCUCUAAUGUGGUCUGAGAAAGAAACUUUCGAAGGGUACGACGAAGAAUUUAUCCCUGGGCUCGUAGAACGUCUCUCUUUUGCCGCGUACCAAUCAGUUUCAGGUAUGUCAGAUGCAGAACUUCUUACCCUGCAAAAAUACAAGAUAAAGGCAAUGGAUUCAACAGACACUCUGGAAAGAGUAAACAGCGGAAUUGAGUAUGUAGAACAUAAUAUUGGUAUGAUUGCCGCGAGACUGGCAAUUCAGAAUAUAUGA